UUCUCGAUAAAUCCCCCGCUUUAAGUUAUUGCUAAAAUCGCUAAAACAUUGACCGCAGACCAAGAACCAGUUGAAUUAACAAGCGUAAACAUCAAUUUCGAAACAACCAUUCUUUAUUUAUUAUAAACAAUUUAGUCAGCGUCCAGUCUUAUAGCGAGAACUAUCAAUAAUUAAAACAAAACGUUUUUGGGUACAAAUCUGUUGAAAAUAUCACAGUUUUAAGAGUUCUACAGGAGUUAAAUAUAACCAAAGAGGUUAGUAUAAGUCGACUAAGAAUACUAGAAGGAGAUAUUUUUACUCAGACACACACAAGAUGGCUUCAAAAUCGUACGAAUUUUACGUUAUUUUAGUGAUAUCCUGUUUUAUAGUAGGAGCACGAUCACAGGAUUAUAGGAAUACACUACCACAUCAUAAUAAUGCCAGUAGUAGACAAGGAAUAUGUACUUUAGAAGUACCAACGGUUGACAUUAUUUCUCCAGAAGACAGAAUAGCAGGCAUUCCCAGAGGCAAUGGAUCAAGAGAAAAUCUAAGUAGAAUAGAGAUUUGUUGUUCUGGAUACGAAAAAGUGCCUCACACGUACCUUCGAUGUGCCCCUGUAUGCGAAAAAGGAUGUGAAAAUGGAAACUGUACAGCCCCAAAUGUUUGUACAUGUAAACAAGGCUUCAUCAAGGCUGCUGAAGACCACAACAAAUGCAUACCAACCUGUCCAGCGGGUUGCUUAAAUGGAGUUUGUACCAUCAGAGGGUUCUGUGAUUGCAAUGGAGGAUACGUUCAUAGCCAGGAUGGAAAAUACUGUGUUCCUGUGUGUACUGGGGGUUGUGGAACAGGGGGUAAAUGUAUUGGACCAGAAACUUGCUCUUGUAGCCCUGGGUUUGCUGUAAAUAAGGACACAAACAAAUGCGAGUACCACUGCGAGGGUGGUUGUGGAUCUGGUACUUGUAUAGGUCCAAACAAAUGUUCUUGUAAGGCUGGGUACAAACUGACAGCGGAAGGUUGUGUAGCUGACUGCCCUAGAGGCUGUGACAAUGGAAUUUGCUCAGCACCAAACACUUGCACGUGCAAACCCGGAUGGACUUUGGACAGGAGUGGUUCCAAAUGCGAACCACAUUGUUCCAGCUCUUGCUUGAAUGGAAACUGUGUUGCUCCAGACACUUGUGCCUGUAAACAAGGAUAUACAGAAGCUCCAGGGUCUAAUGGACACAAAUGUCUAGCUUAUUGCCCAGGUGGAUGUGAAAAUGGAAUAUGCUCAGCACCAAAUUUCUGCAUUUGCAAUCCAGGCUUUAUCAAAGAAUCCAAAGGCAGUAAUCGAUGUAUCAGAAGAGUAAGAAGAUCAAUUUCUGAUCUGCAUUUGGAAUUGAUCCCAGAAGCAUUGCUUGAAGGGCAUUAGAAAUUAUAGUAUAUUUAAAGCAAAUUUACUUAACUCAUUUUUGAUAUUGAUAUGUAAUAUAUAAAUAAUAAACUUCUUAUUUAAAUGAA